UGGUAGAAUAAGAGCUUUGGAGAGGAAUAAGCUCACAAAGAAGACUUUAGAACUGGCGCAGCAAUACUUCUUACCCCCGUAUGCUUUCCAGAUUCGAGUUGGUGCUCUGUACCUUUUGUAUGGACUCUACAGCACACAGCUCUGCCAGCCAAAACAAAAGAUCAGAAUUGCACUCAAGGAUUGGCCUGAAAUCCAGAGAUUUCAACAGGAUCUGAUAGACUCCCAGCAUUAUGACGCAGCAUAUAUCUUUAGGACACUGCGACUUGCUCGAGCAUUCCAUUUCACAGCAAUGCCAAAGCUACUAAACUACCGAACUAAGAAGAAGAUUGAGGAAAAUGAACUUAAAGAAGAAUUUAAGGACCCAAGUAACAGAGUGAACAGCCUCAUCACUAAUGAUGUAUUGGAG